AUGGCGGGCAGCUCUUUCCAAAUGAGCCUGACCCUAGCCGAGAGCGGCGACGAUCAUGUCGUUUACGCCUCAACUGACGACGGCUUCAACGACGACGACGCCAGUGAGGCUGGCGACGACUUUGCCAAUCACCAUACAACUGCGCCUUCCUCGAAAUUGGGUCCGGCUGACCUUAUUGAUCUUUCCGAUGGAGACUUCGCUACCAGCCCAUCCGGCACUGCGGACAACAGCCCCUCCAAGGCCAACCAACCGGUGCCUCCUCAGCCUGAUGCGCCCGUCCCGGGAGACAAGCAGAAUUCGUCCCUGGACAACUAUCCUCAGGCGACCAAGACUCCUGACCCGAGUGCCCAGCCUUUCGUGCCUCUGGAGCUAGAGCGUGUUGCCCCCUCGUCCAGCAACUCCUCUUACACCGAUGCUCGCCAAAGUCUCGACUUCCGAGAUGAUCAGAUUCAGUCCCUCACCAAUCGCGUCAAAGAGCUCGAGCACAGUCACGAGACUCUGAAGCGUGAGAACGACGAUCUCGACACCGUCAACGAGAAGCUGAAGCUCAAGGCACGCAAGGAUGAUGAGAGCCUUCGAGAACUGAGAGAGCAGCUUGCCGAGGAGCUGAAGCGCAGACUUGGUUCCGAGAAGAAGGCUGUUGAAGUCGAUGAGAAGAAUGCAGAGCUCCAUGUGGAGGUGGCUCGACUUCAGGAGGAAAAGGCUGACAUGGAGCCACAACUUGAAGAGUACAAGAAGAAGUUGGAUGGGUCCCAGAAGAGCGUCAGGCCUCUUGAAAACAUGGUUCACACCCUGCAACGUCAGGUUCUCGACAAAACGCAACGCAUCAAGGAGAUUCAACUCUUCGCUGCCGACCAUCUUGCCAAGAAUCCUCAGGAUAUUCCCGAGUUCGCCACUAUGGAUCUGUUUCCACAUGGCGGUAAGCAGGAGCAUCAAUCCGGAAAGGAGGUCAAUCCGGAGCUUUUGAUCUCUUUCGACGGUGCUGCCGACAUGAGCGCCUCUGGAAGUCAGCUGAACGAGUCUCAGAGCGAGAUCGGAACCCCCUUCACCGUCUCCUCCGUCAGAGCCCCCUCAACUCCCCAGCCCCAUCAUACUUCCAAAGACCUUCUCGAUGACGACCCAGCAGAUACACAAAGCCCCCAGACCUUGCCUAUCAUGACCCCCUCCAUCCCCAAGUUGCAGCGGGAAGAGUCACUGACGCCUCAGGCAACCACCGAGUCGCACACCACCGAGCCCAAAAGCCCCUCCGACGACCUCACAAGUCCUCCAAAGGACAUUAGCGGACUUGAUUGGAGUCCCGACUCUGAUCAGCUCUGGAUCUCUGAGUUCCAGAAAGCUCAGGCCAUCCGCAAUCACCAGGGAGCUCGAAGCACCGGUCACACUCCCGAGGAUGACAUCCCAGAUGUUGCAUCUCGCAGGGUCAUCAUGUCAGGUCUUCCCGACGGUGUCCACGUUCAGCGAAUUCUCGAACACGUCCGAGGUGGUAAGAUUCUGAAGGCUCAUACGGUGACGAUGGGCGGAGGUGAGGCUCGUAACAAUCUUGCUUGCAUCGAGUUCGCCGAUCCCGAGGAUGCAAUGGAGUUCUACCGUUUCAAUCGACGCCGCGAAUUCGGAUUCUGCGUCGAGUCCACAUCUGUCAGAACCCGCCUGACAAUGCCCUCCACCGACUCCUUCCCCCUGAGCGAUGCGUUGCAGGCUCGUCUAGGUGAGGGCUGUACUCGCUGCCUGUCUGUCACUGAUUUUCCGGUCAUCCAUUUGCAAACUAUUCUGGAGUUCGCAGGAAUGUCGAACAACUUCGCCGACACAAUCACCCACUUCGCCUGUUCUGAUGACGGAAGCUUCGAGAUCUCCUUCUCCGACAUUCGUUGUGCCAUCAACAUUCGCGAGUACAUUCUUCGGUCUAAGUUCUUUGAGGGAGAACGAGAGGGCACUGGCGUGUGCUUCAAACCUGACCCCUGCGAUGCUCCUGUUGAGAGCCUUCAGAUUCCGUUCCUGCCCAUCAAGGCCACGUCUGACUUGACAAUUUUGGACCCGAAGAAUGCUCGUCUCUUCAUGACUGAAGAGCAAAGAAAGCUGGACAGCGAGCUGCUUCAAGAGCAGGUCAUGGCAGCGGCUGACCCAGAUGAUGCGGACGCUUUUCAUGAGCAAGAUCUUAGAAAGAACAUCGUCUGGGAAAACAAAGUGGACUGGGACAGCUUUACGCCCUACAUGGCCUUCGACAAGGACCAACGCCGAAGAGUGCUGCACAGGAAAGAUCCCGAGUCUGGCGCUGUCCAAACCCAAUAUUUUGGUAGUUGGGUGCAGUCUCCUGCGGAGUCGCGCAAGGAGUGGCUGCACCACAAUCAGCACAGCCCCCACCCAUGGACUCAGACAACUGCCGAUCUUUUCUAUGCCGCUACUGGCGACAUUGAUAUGCGCAAGAGCAUCGUUGUCGACGACGGAGGUCUUGAUGGAGACGCCGACCAGGCUUUGAACACCCCGACGCCCAGGGAGAUCCGGCGGCAGGCAUCGUCCACCACCUCCUUCUACUCAGCCGAAUCCCCUCUCUCGGAAGUCAACCGCGGAUACAUGACCCUUGACGACACUUCUCAGCAUGUCCCAAUGGGCGUCUUCGUCAACCACGUUGGCAGCAGCUCGGGGCUGGCCAUUCCCUCUCUUUUGGACGGAGAUACCAACGUCGAUAUGAACAACUUUGUACAACGCACGCAGAAUCUACCCCCACACAAGCGUGGCAAAACCCGUGGAAGCACCUCAGGCUACUCCUCUCCUGCUCCCUCGAUCAUGGAUGACGAUACUGGAGGACAAGUCUGCGGCAUCUCGAAGGCAGGCUUCAACCAGCUUGCUGCCAAGAUUGCGAGAGACACAAAGGCGACAUCUAGCAAGGCGAUUGGAAAGAGACCAGUUGCGCAGGCUCACUUUUGGUAA